UCAUGUGUCCCUAAAGGCGCACGGUAGCCUGCGACCGAACCGUGUGUUCUGCUGCGGCCGGGACGGCGUGCACCUCCAGCCCAGUGAGAAAUACACCCCUGCCAGGUCCCGCCAACAUGUCUGCGUCUUUAAAAAAGAAGUGCACACCGAGCCGUGCGUGAUGUCAGGCAGCUCGCGGUCCGCGCACUGUUCAUGUGAGUGCGCCCUGCGUUCACUUCCUGUAAGGGGACAGCGGAGAGAGAGAGAGAAAGAGAGAGUGGGAUAGAGAGAUGGGAGAGCCAGGACCGAAGAGGGAGAGAUAGAGGGAGAGACAGCGGACGAGAGGAAAGCCAGGGGCCUGCUCUUUUCCUUUUUUUUUUCUUCCCGUCUUUGAAACACCCAGCAAAACUUUAGAGGUCUAUCCGGAGGGAGAAGCGUGUGCCACAUCUGCGCCAGCUGACAGCCGCGGCUCAUGGAAUAACCACAUAUCUGGAUGCCUCUCUCAGUGGCAGAGUCUGCAGUGAAUAUCUGAAGCCCCCAUCUUCCUCUGCCUCUCUGCCAACAUGUCCCAGCUGCUCCAUGUGGAGAUACCCAACUUUGGAGCCACGGUCCUCGGCUCCCUCAACGAGCAGCGCCUGCUGGGACACUACUGUGAUGUAUCCAUCCUGGUCAAAGGUCAGGCUUUUAAAGCCCACCGGGCCGUUUUGGCUGCCAGCAGCCUCUACUUCCGUGACCUCUUCAGCAGCUCCACCAAGACCCAGUUUGAGUUGCCCUCCUCAGUCACACCUGCUUGCUUUGAGCAGAUCCUCACUUUCUGCUACACAGGGAAGCUAACAAUGGCAGCUAGCGAACAGCUGGUGGUCAUGUACACAGCUGGCUACCUCCAAAUUCAGCAUAUAGUUGAAAGAGGCAUGGACCUAAUGUUCAAAGCCAACUCACCUCACUGUGACUCGCAAACAGCGGGGUCUUUAGAGGAAACAUGUUCCGAACCACAGAGUCCCUCUAAUAAUGGUAACGGCCUGGCGGUGGCUGCCCUGCUGGGAACCCCCGGUUGGCCUCAGUCUUUGCUCCUGUCACAGCGUAAGAUUAAACUAGAAGGGGGCGAACCGACACCCCUGACGAUGCCCUCAAUACAAAGCAAGAUUUCUUCCUCGGAGUUGGGCAGUCGGCUGGCGAGGGCGAGUUCGUUAUUCUACACGACAGCUGGAGGGAACCCAGUCCCCGGUUUGCCUACUUACCACCUUCAAGGAGCCGGAGGAGGAUUAGGAGUAGAAAGGUCCAGUCCUGGAUCGUCCAGCUUGCCCACCACUGACAGUCCAACAUCCUACCAGAAUGAGGAUGAGGAGUUUGAGGAAGAGCCCUAUGAUGGAAUGACAGAGGAUGCCUACAGUCAUCUCUAUGGACGUUCAGCUAACCCCUAUGGGAUCCAGGACAAGCCAGAGAUGGCGGUGGUGCCCUUGGCCUUGGAGAACCGCAACUGUGUGCUGAUCCGCCGGGACCUGGUGGCGCUGCCUGCAAGCCUCAUCAGCCAGAUAGGCUACCGCUGCCACCCUAAGCUCUACACCGAGGGGGACCCCGGGGAGAAGCUGGAAUUGGUAGCUGGUACGCAGGUGUUCAUGACUCGAGGCCAGCUGAUGAACUGUCAUCUAUGUGCCGGUAUCAAACACAAAGUCUUGCUCCGCCGUCUGCUAGCUACGUUCUUUGAUCGAAACACUUUAGCCAAUAGCUGUGGGACAGGUAUCCGUUCUUCUACUAGUGACCCCAGUAGGAAACCCCUGGACAGCAGGGUCCUCAACGCUGUAAAACUCUACUGUCAGAAUUUCAACCCUAACUUCAAGGAGAGUGAAAUGAAUGUGAUUGCUGCUGACAUGUGCACCAACGCGAGACGCGUGCGCAAGCGAUGGCUGCCGAAGAUCAAGUCCAUGCUGCCUGACGGCAUGGAGGUGUACCGUGCAGGAAUGGGCAUGGGUGCUGCUGUGGGUCUUGGCCUGGCACUGGGUGCCUCUCAACAAGGGGUACCCCUCCCCUUCGAGCCCGACUUCAAGAACCUAGAGCAGAGGUAUUAUCCAGAUCGUAAGGACCCUCUAAGGACUCACCCACCGCUCACAGAGGGCAGCCCCGGGUCCAGGGCGGCUGGAGCUGAGGCUGAAGCCGAAGGAGUUGUGCAGGAGGAGCAAGAGGAAGAUGAGGAUGAAGCUGGGUUAGAAGGUGUCGAUGCAUCACUUGGGGCACCGACUUUGAUCCCAGGUGCUGAGGCGGGCAAUUGUGGAGACACGCCGUCGGAGCAGGAAGUGGAAAGUUUUGAACAAGGUCUGAGGGUGAAUGGACAGUGAACGUCCCUUGUUGGGAGCUGCCUCUCACAUUGUGAAAUCUGUUUUAACACCUCGUUUUCUUUUGCUUGCAUCUUGUCCAGCGCUCUUUCUUCUCCUCUGUGCUUCCUCAACAGGAAUCGUCAGCACACAAAGCAGCGCUCGUAGAUCUCGCUAACAGAAAUUUGUCACACAUGCAUGCGCACCCGUGUGCUUGUGUACACACUUACUUAAUUGAUAGUGGAAGUAGACACAGGCAUGGCAUUAGCACAUCACGCAAAUCAAUGAUUUCUGCUCAACCCUCUUCUUCGUAUGUGCUGUAUUGACUCAGUAUUUCAGCUCCUGCAGCAAUAUCACAAAGGCCUGAUACCAGAACAAAUGGCUGUAAUGAUUCAUGAUAUCAGCGCAGCACAGAAGCAACACUUGCUUGCUGGCAGUCCACGGAGUGUGCGAUAUGAUGGUUUUUAAAAUCAUGCAGUUUUCUGAAAGAAAAAAAAACAUGUAACCUUGGGAGAAACGGAUCAGAGAGACAGCUCUCUUAAUAAGCAAUUAAAGGUCAAGCACUGAAUUAGCACAAUUGAACUAAACAAUUUUCAUUUCCUGUUAAAAAAGAGGAUUUCAUUUUUAUGAUAAAGGGUUUCCUGGGAAAGUUAAAGACUUCUCCACAAUCUAACUAAUAAUCUAUCACAUGGACUUGUUUUUUCAUGCAUACUUUCCCAUGACACAUUGGAUUAGAUUGUCAAUGUGAUGCCUGUGUCUGCUCCAGACAGCCCCCGCUAACCACACAUACAGACACACACACAAACACACACACACACACACACAUGAGCACACAUUUAAGAUAAUAGCCUUUUAAUAUAUGCACCAAUGCAUUGAAUACACCAUUCAAAGAAAAUACAAUAACGUAACAAUGCUUUUUAACUUUGAAGAAUCCUUUUCAAUUACCAGUUAUCAUUCUGUCUUGGAGAUACACGGACAAGAACAAGCCCUACAACCCAAGCUUGCAUGCAUGAAUACAAACAACGGAUACAGAGAAAUUAUGGAAAACAACAACAACAACAACAACAAAGCCACAAACCUGCAUAGAAAUGAUUAAAAAAAACAGCUACUGUUGCCUCGAGAUAUACCAUUACUACGCAAAAGAACUCCUUUUUCCAUUUCUCACCGGGACGUUUCUCACAGACCACAGUCUGACACAUGUUAGAACUGAUUCGGAUGUUACUCAGAAGUGACUGUGUUUGACACAGUACUGGUUGGAUUCUUUUUUUUGUUUGUUUUUUGUUUUUAAGUAUGGAGCGCUCUGUCACCACAGGUAGAGGAGACUGACGUGCACUACACCAAGUGGUAGAAGAAAUAAAACAUGCCAUAGAGAGGCACUGUUUAACCUUGAUGUGGUGCGAUACUACAGCGUCCUGCUUCCGUCCUGCUUUUUUUUUCCCCAGGGGGGUGGGAGGGGUGUUGGGGGGUAAGUUAUUGAAUAAAACGUAUAAGAGCAAUUUCUGCUGGCUUAUUGCAUUUGCACUCAAAUUUAAAAAAAGGUUAAAGGUGGGAGACUAAGGAGUUUGCCUAAAUAUGACUGUACUAAAGACUGAAUCUUUUUUUUCCUCCACAUCACCCUGAUUAUUUAUUCAAUUUUGGGUAUUGUGGGGAAAAAAACCAAAUGGUCUUUCUGACAAUGACUGUUUCAAAAAAAAAAAAAUCUUGGACGGGGAUGUCACAAGGCAAUGUCGAACAGCAACGUAAACCUUUAUUUGUCUUGUCGUAGACAUUUUUCUUUUCUUCGUUAAUAUGUUUUCACACUAUCUGCCACAUGUAAGGACGCAGUCCGAGCAGCCUUUCUUUGUUAUUGUUUUGUGAAAAGAUUUUUAAAAAGCUAUGCUGUCCUUAUGUUUUCUUCCAUUUUCCAAGUUUUCCCGCAGAUUUAAUCACGAGAUAAGACUAUCGAAUCCAGUCAAUGUAUUAACCCCAGGGUAAUUCUAAGCCACCGCCAUUAUUUUGGGAAAGUACAAGGAAUUCUGAAGUGGUUGAAAAUAGAAAUUGUCAUAUUUUGUCACCACAGAAUGUGAAAGCAUGAAUGAACAACUAAGCAGAAACGACUGAAUAUGCCCUCGGUGUAUAUUGGACCUGUUUGUUUGAAACAUCAGUGCUGUGUCACUUCGAAGGUUGGGCCAGAUUAUUCUCUGUCUGUUCUACAAAUCUUUUUUUUUUUGGGGUGGGGGGGGUGCUUUAAGAUGGCCCUGCACAAGAAACACAGGGUUAAAAUUGCACUAGGUAAUAAUAGUAAUGACGUUUACAAAUUUCUUUUUCUUUCUUAUUUUUUUUUUGUGGUUGAAGAAAUGUGAUCUGCCAUUGAUAAAACAGGGCUGUGACAGAAUGGCUGAGAUGAUGGAUGAAUGUAAACUGUAGCACUGCUUUGGUGAGGGCUCCGAGCCUUGACUGAAUAUGGUAAAAUACUGAAUCUCUUUUUUAUAUAUCUGUAUGACUCACUUCUUUCCUCAAUUGUAUACUCUCAAACAAAUGGGCCAUAAUAUAAAACUAAUCUGGCUGUUCGGCUGGAUGAUGUUCUAACCUAAAGCUUUAGUGAUGUUGUGAUUUUUUUAAAGAACUUAUUUGAACAGGUCUUCCACUGUGGCGGACACGGGGCGAGGUUCAAGUACAGGCUUUUAUUACACCGCUGUUUAUACUAUCUCUAUCCCAACAGUUGUGUCUCUAAUGUUGAAAUGACACGUGUGUUCGCAAAACUGAAGAUUUCUUAAAAAUUCAGCAAAUUAUUUCUUAUUUUCUAAUUUAUUAAGUGACAGUUCCUAAAGUUGCUCUUGUAAAGAAAACAAAUAAAAGAAUAAAGGCGUUCAGUUGCUUGUUGAAGCCACUACCUUAAUGCACUUGUGAUUAUUUGUCAUUCAAGGUAAUAGUCUUCCCAAAAAUGCAUACACAUUUAACUCCAAUAAUUAAUUUAAGUUACAAAUUACAGCAUGCCACCCCUAGUAAAUUCAACCAUAAAUGUUCAACUGUGCAGUUAAAUUAUCAUAUAUAUUAAAUCUAUUUUUCUCUCUUUAUAUUUUCAUGCACUAUAAACCUAUGCUUAUCCAAGGCCUGUUUUCGAACAGGUGCUACUUAAACUACUUAGGUAUUUGAGGCGUUAAAUGACCUGCAGUGGGGAAACACUGAUAUACUCCACAGUAAUAGUGAUAAAGGGGUGAGGAGCAGUGCCUUAGACUGUGACUGUGUGGGCGUGGAUGUUAUGUUGUGAACGUGUAGGUUCAGAGAGAAACUAGACAAAGUACUGGCAGAGUAAAUCUAUAAAUUCACCAAAAAUAUUGGCUUUUGAGAAACUUUGCUUAUAGAAUUAUAUAUGUAACAAUUUAUGUUCUUAUUUUGUAACUUUAUGUUUGCGAUCAUGUCAUUAAUUUGGGGGAAAAUGUGCAAGAUCACCAGUUAGAAUAAGUUGAACAGAUUUACGGCAUUUGGAUACAUUCAACAGCCAAUCAGAAACAACCAAGACUCACAGCAAAAAAAAAGGAAAAAGGAAUCUAACAUAUGAUUUCUAUUUUAGUCACACCCAAGAAAAACAAAUCACACAUAUAUAAGAAUUUUUACGUUAUGUCUUCUGAUAUAUUCACAUUUUAAAUAGUUUUAUCCACUUUGUCCACAAAAAAAACCUUCUUUUCAUUUUUUUUCCUUGCUUCUUUCCUGCUUGGGGUCUUUUUCUUGUGCAGGGUGAAUUUGAACAUGAGUAAAGUUGCACUAAAAAAAAUAUUCUCAGAGAAUGUCAUGGCUAACCCUUGGGAGGAAGAGCUCUAUUGAAAAAAGUCCUGUAAAAUGUAUGUAAUGAAUUUUUUGUACACGUUUCUUUCAUGGAAAGCAGAAUUUGUUUUUUCUUUAAUUUAGUGACAAUAUGUUACAAUAUCUGCCAUUCACCUGCAUGAUUUGAAAACCACGCUAUAAGAGAUGGGAUGGCAUUGUUGAUUGAAAACACCCUUUUUUCCACAAAUUUUCUUUGCAAAUAAAUUGUUGUUUACUUUCUAAAACACUACAUAGUGCUCGCUUCACCCCCCGUUGUUGUAAAACAAAUGUGGGCACAGUGGUUUUUCUUACUUUGAAUGGUCGAACUGAAAACAAUACAUUUAUAUGCAAAGAGACACUUGUAUCAUAAACUGCAUGCCAUUCAGAAAAACUCGUUCUAACCGGAUGAAACCUCUGAUCUUUAUGCACCAUGUAUUUUAUGCUGAAUAACUGUUGUCACUGUUAGCAAACAAAGACUCUUGCAACGAGUAGGGUUUGUAUUUUUACCGCACACCCUGGCCUUUUAUUGAAUGUUUAUUGAAAAGAUUUAUCACCUCUUGUGAUAACGACGACAAAGUAGUGUUUAAAGAGUGGAAUACGUAGAAUAACUACCCAGUUGACUGUGCAUUGAAACCUUCAGCAGACUCAGAAAAUGCACUAAAAGUUUAUACAGUAUGUGUAUGUGUGUGUCCUUGAAUAUAAUGCCAGCACUUUAGAACUACUUCGAAAAAUGACAGAAAAAGAGGGAAAACGUAAAGAGCGACCAAGGGUUCGGUGAACGAGGGGGGAAACGCAACUUUUUAAAGCCAUGUGUUCAGAGCGCUGACAAUCAGAAUAUGGGAUGAGACUCAAAGUGCACUAUGGGAGAUCUGACAUGAGUUGCUGUGCUCUUGCUAUUUGCUUUGUCUUUCUCCAGCUUGCUUUGGUCUCUGCUCGCUUACUCUUUCCCAGAGUCGGGGGACAUUAUGAUGUUAACCCCAGCCUUCUAUAGUUAUUACGUGUGUGUCUCUGCAACAAGGACUGACUGAAGUUUGACUGAUACCUUGGUGCUUCGUGAACAGAGCUGUUCCAUGUUGACAUGGACCAUAUCUGUAAUGCUCUGUAGAGCGUGGGUCGAACUCAGCCCCAAGUCUGGGCUCAUUGGUAACUUCUUGAUGGGCAACAGUCCAAAUAUGACAAAAAAAAGAGGGUCUUAUCAUGCAACCUUACACAUUGAUCAUGGUAAUAUUCUUCACUAUCAACAGGGCCUGGCCCAGGCAAACUGGGAUUGGACAUUAACAGUGUUGAAAACUGCUUUAUGGUUAAAAUGAAAAAUGUUGAAAAUGUUUAUGCGCCUUCCGACUCAAGCAUCAAUAAUAUAUACAACAAGAAAAAAUGCAAGUUGCCACUUUUGACGUUGCAUAAGAAUAUAUGUUCAUUCCCAUCAUGGUUAUGUGCCACCACCAGUUUUGGUUGUGAAGUCUAAGAGUACAUGAUUUCUUUAAAUGCAAUACAGAAAAAUCUGCUUUCUAAUAAAAGUCCUUACUUCACCAUA